UAAAUUAGCGGUCAAUAAUUAUCCUCAAAAGAAAAACAAAAAAAUGAGCAGUCAAUUAGUGACUAGGACAAUGACAAUCACGUGGGCGUGGGCGUGCUUUAAUUUUUCACCGCUAGGGUGGCCUUCAUAGGAUAGGGCCAUCUCAAAAUACUCAAUUUUAAAUCAAUAAUUGCUCAAAUCCAAAAAUCAAUCUAAAAAACGUGUUUAAAAUCUAGGUAUACAUGCAUAUGCAUUCGGGCAACCACGGAGUUGUAUAAAAGGGCGAACCCUCCACACCAAACUUACUUAAAAAUGGCUUCUAAUCCACAAAGAGUCCCUUUCCUUCUCCUCCUCCUUCUCCUUGCCGUGGUCGCCCCAUUCUCCGACGCAUGCGGCAUCACAGUCUACUGGGGCCAAAACGGCUUCGAAGGCACGCUGCAAGCCGCCUGCGCCACCCACGACUACAAAUACGUGGCCGUUGCGUUCCUAACCACCUUCGGCAACGGCCAAACCCCCGUCCUCAACUUGGCCGGCCACUGCAACCCUGAUUACAACACCUGCACCGUCUUCGCCGAUGAAAUCCGCUACUGCCAGAGCCUAGGCAUCAAGGUCUUUCUAUCACUCGGCGGUGCCAUCGGCAGCUACGGCAUCUCCUCCCCCGCCGACGCCCAGCUAGUCGCCGCCUAUCUGUGGACCUUCUACCUAUCCGGAUCCACAGGACCCCUCGGCAACGCCGCUCUCGACGGCGUGGACUUCGACAUCGAAUAUCCGACCUCCACCCUGCACUGGGACGACCUAGCGGUAGCCAUCACCGCCUACAGCACUCCGCAGAGGAAGAUCUACUUAUCCGCGGCGCCGCAGUGCGUCAUCCCGGACCGGAAUCUCGAUACCGCCAUUCAAACCGGCCUUUUCGACUACGUGUGGGUGCAGUUCUACAACAACCCGCCCUGCGAUUACAGCGGCGGCGCCGCCAGUCUCAUCGCCGCGUGGAACAGGUGGAGCUCGUUGCUGCCGUCGGGGAACCUGCUGUUCUUGGGGUUGCCGGCGGCGCCUGGGGCGGCGGGGUCGGGAUACAUUGACCCUGAGAAGCUCAAGACUGAGAUUCUGCCGGUGAUAAGAGAGUCGCCCAACUAUGGAGGGGUCAUGCUGUGGAACCGCUACAAUGAUGUUAACACUGGCAACAGUCAACAAAUUGUCGGAGAUGUGUGUCCGCCCGCCACCGCCGGAAAAUUUCAAGACUUGCUAAUCUCUCAAGUUGUUUGAAUUAAUGGUGGCCAAGUGCAAGCAUGGUUUUCUGCUGCAUUCCUGUGUAGUGUGUUGGUCAAGGAAUGCAUAAAUAAUUACUUAGUAAAUGAAUAAAUGCGAAAGCCAAGCUUCUUGUAAAAUAAUUAUUCCUGAAUGGCGUAUGAUAAAUUUACAUUGCAAUUGAAAA